CUCGAUAAAGUCCAUAGAGCCUUCUUCAAGUCUCUCCAGAGAGAGCAGACCAAAUACGGUAAAAAACACAUCGUUAUCGAACCAUCUAUACGACAUCUUCUUGUUUUACUCCAGAAUGAAAAGUUUGAGAGUAACCAUACUUCACAAUUGCAAUCGAAACUUCCACUACAACUAAAAACCAGACGGCUCUUGGAACCGGUUGUAUUCCAUAUCAUCCUUUCUUUGUAUUAUAUCUCGAAAAAGCCGUCUUUGGAUAGCAAGUACAUUCAGUCUCAGUCUCAAGCACAAUGUCAUUAUCUUUCUCAGAUAAUCACUAGAAUUGACAAGAAGUAUAAGAAAAUCUUGGAAAACAUAGAUUGUCGAGAUGCUCUCUAUCUUGUUGAGAACUUUGGUAACGAAAUUACUGAGAGUGAAACCUCGGAAUCGCUCAAAAUGGCUCUUUCUUGUUUCAACAGGUUAUCCAAUAGCAAAUACAACGUAGAAAACGACUUGCUACCUUGGAUUAGGUCGCUCAUAGCUCCAAGCAUAACAUCGAGCUGUAGUUCCUUGUCCAAUCUUACAGAUAUUCCUCCUUUUGUCUUAGGGGAUAUUCUCUUGAGAACUCCAAUGUCCAAAGAAGAGCUACAUCUACAAUUAGACAUCUGGAACGAGUAUAUGCGACCCAUAUCUAUGGCAUAUCUCGAGAAGCAAAGUUUCUUGAAAACAUGUAUAAACAACCUUGUCUUCUACUGCAUUCAUUAUGAUCCCUCAACUUUGUUUGAGUUGCUUAAGUCAACUUACUCUUUCUAUACGAGUCCUAAAUUGGGCUUCAAGGUUUCUGUCACCAAUAACGACUUUUUAAAUGAACUCAUUUGGCUGAUGGCAUACACUUCUCUAAGUGGAAAUUCUUCCGCAGCAUCUAGCAUCAUUUCUUCACAAGAGUAUUUGGUUAAUGUCCUUUCCAAUUCUGGAACCAAUGAAGACGAAAUCUCCCUUAGACUCAAUCUCCGUUCGUUCAUGGGAAUAGUUUUGGCCAUAAACAAGAAGUCAGCCGAUAAAGGAAGACAAUUGUUUGAGUUUGCUGAAAAGAAGUACUUCAGUGGACAGCGUGAAAUAAGCUCGAAAGACAUGGCUUCCUACAACAUAGUCAAGAUAUAUCUUUCCAAAACACCUGAAGAGCUUCUUCACCAUUUCAACAAUGCAGCUGUAGAUUUUUUCCAUUCGUCAGGGUUGUGGCUCAGUUUCGUGUCGAAGUUGAAUCAGUUCAACUUGUUGACAUCGACAAGAUCGAAGAAGAUAAUGAAAGAAUUGGUCAAUAAUGCCGAGAAGAUUAUUAUCACUAAGGAUAUUGUAUCCAUUCUAUUUACGCCUAUCCAUUCGCUCAAAACUUUUGAUGAGCUUAUGACCAUUAUGAUGGCACACAGUAACGAAAUGGUAUUAUACCACACUAAUAUACUCUUGCCUAGGUAUAUCUCCUUGUUAUACUCUGGUAAUGAUAGUGAUGAAUGGGUACAAAGAAAGUAUCCGUGGGACAGGGACAUCCUAGAUAAUUCAGGAAAGCCAUUCAAAGGCUUCAAUAGUCCUGUUGAAUAUGCUAGACACUUGUAUGGAACCUGUUUCCAGAAGAAAUCGGCCAGAAUAGUGGGUGUCAUGUUGGAAGGAGAAGCCGAAAUCGAACCAGCCAACGUAUACGAAACCUACAAGAGAGAGCUCCGCGAUAAUGGAGAUCUUGUUCCGAAUAACUCAUGUUUGCUAGCCUUGAUAAAAGCAGCAGUUCAAUCACCACCAGGUGGUCCCUACCUUUUCUGGGGGGACUUGUAUGCUACCCAAGUUGUCAUUCAUGAGUUCAAAAGUAACGUUCAACAGGACGUUUCAGACACCAACUAUAAGGUAUAUCCGAAUGACAAACUCUGGAGAAAAUAUAUCCAGAUGCUAGCCAAGUUCGAAUAUAUUCUGGAGUUGUCUGACAUCAUCAAGUGGUGGGAAAAGUUGAAGUUCGUGCCGCAACAGAAGACACUUUACGAGCUUUUGGUAGCUCUUCCAGAGCAAUAUGCCAACAGAUAUAUCAUACAUUUCACGACUCUAAGAGAGUCUAGCCACGAAGAAACUGAGGGCUGCUCUUCGUGGCCCUGGCCCACAUUACUGGAACUCCAGAACUAUAGGAACUCCAAUUAA